UUGGUGGAGCCAGAUUGGGUCUGGCUCUCCAGUUCCUUCUCGCCUUCUCUGCCUCUCUCUCCUCCACACGGCUCUGAUUCCGCUCUUGCCUCUCCUUGCGCUCGGCUGGGAACGUCGCCUCUCCAGGAGCGGCAGCGCGCUGCGGAGCAGGCAGGGGCUGCCUGCGGGGCAUGGAAGAAGCCUCCGCGGCAGCCGCGAAAGGAGCAGGAGGAGCCAGCGAGCGCUGCUGCCUGUGACCCAGGCGGCCUGGGGAGCCCAUCCUCACACAGCUCUCUCCCUUCCCUCCCCUCCAGGUCUUCCUCUGCAGAGCCCCGUGGGGCCAGGAGCCAAACCGAAGGGGACCAUGGAGCUGCUGUCCACGCCCCACAGCAUCGAGGUGAACAACAUCACCUGCGACUCCUUCCGCAUCUCCUGGGCCAUGGAGAACAGUGACCUGGAGAGGGUCACUCAUUACUUCAUCGACCUCAACAAGAAGGAGAAUAAGAACUCCAACAAGUUCAAGCACCGGGAUGUCCCCACCAAGCUUGUGGCCAAGGCCGUGCCCCUGCCCAUGACGGUGAGAGGCCACUGGUUCCUGAGCCCCCGCACGGAGUACAGCGUGGCGGUGCAGACCGCCGUGAAGCAGAGCGACGGGGAGUACCUGGUGUCCGGCUGGAGCGAGACGGUCGAGUUCUGCACUGGGGAUUAUGCCAAGGAGCACCUGGCGCAGCUGCAGGAGAAGGCCGAGCAGAUCGCGGGUCGCAUGCUGCGCUUCUCCGUCUUCUACCGCAACCACCACAAGGAGUACUUCCAGCACGCCAGGACCCACUGCGGGAACAUGCUGCAGCCCUACCUGAAGGACAACAGCGGCAGCCACGGCUCCCCGACCAGCGGCAUGCUCCACGGAGUCUUCUUCAGCUGCAACACGGAGUUCAACACAGGCCAGCCCCCGCAGGACUCCCCCUACGGCCGCUGGCGCUUCCAGAUCCCCGCCCAGCGCCUUUUCAACCCCAGCACCAACCUCUACUUUGCGGACUUCUACUGUAUGUACACAGCCUACCACUACGCCAUCCUGGUGCUGGCCCCCAAGGGCUCGCUGGGGGACCGCUUCUGCCGAGACCGCUUGCCCCUUCUGGACAUUGCCUGCAACAAGUUCCUGACCUGCAGCGUGGAGGAUGGGGAGCUGGUCUUCCGCCACGCGCAGGACCUCAUCCUGGAAAUCAUCUACACCGAGCCCGUCGACCUGUCCCUGGGCACCCUGGGGGAGAUCAGCGGCCACCAGCUCAUGAGUUUGUCCACUGCCGACGCCAAGAAAGACCCCAGCUGCAAGACCUGCAACAUCAGCGUGGGCCGCUAGGGACUCCGGGGAGCCGGGGGGGCUGGGGAGAAGUGACCAGCAGGGUGGUGACGGGCGACAUAAGUUCAGGGAGCUGGCUUUCUCUCCUCUGCCCCCCUGCCCCCUCCAUGCCACCAGUUCCCCCCUCCCCCACCCCUUGGCACUAGAGGCAACAGAGGGUGGUCCCCUUGGCAGGCAUGGCCCACCCACGCCUGGUAGACUGGGAGAGGCUCUUAGCUUCAGCGGGUUGGUGGGGGGUUGGACUUCUGGAGACUCCCCUUUCCUCUGGGUCCCCAGUCUGGCUAUUUCUGCUUCAUCCAGGCCCCCAUCUCCCAGGGGCUGUGGCCUCUGGGCUCUCCCGGGGAAGCCUCUCCAGACUGCAGCCCGUGCGCAGGCUGCCUGCGUCCGUAGGGGACUCAGAGAGCUGUGGGGUGCUCUUCCUCAGCUCAUGUGCCCCACUCAGGACCGCCACAGGAUGCCCCUCCCUGCCCAGCUGGGCCUGGGGGCUUCCCACCCCAGACCUGGCCCUUCCCUGCUAUAAAUAGCCUCCUGCACUGCUGUGACUCCCUGUCCCCCCGGCGCCUCCUUCUGCUUAGGAGAGCUGUCCCCCUUCUCACCUGCGCUCUAGAAAGGGGCCCUCUUUCCUCCUGGCUUCGGAGCAUCCAGGCUGUUCGAGUUUUCCCUUGCUCUGAAGAUGAUGUAGACCCCAGAGGACCUUCUCCGCUGCUCAGAGCACUGAGGCCUGGCAUGGCAGCCACUGGGGUCGAGGAGGGGGAAGAGACCCCUGAGACCCAGAGGGACCCCUUUCUCAGCCGGGAGUGGGCUGCCUCCCGCCCGAGGGGACCUGGCGUGGAACCAGGUCCGAGGGCUUUCCCGCCGAGCCCGGGCACCCCCUGGCCGUGCAGUGUGCUCGCCCCCCCUGCCGCCGGGCUGUGACUGCACGGUGCCUGCGAGUGACCCGGAAUGCGGCCCUCCUGCCACCCCACCUGUCGCCCCCGCCCGCCGGCGCCAUCUGCACUCCCCCUCGAGCCUGUGGACGGAGCGUCUCUUCCCCGGGGAGCUCCCAUUGAAGCCUUUGCUGGGCCUAACAGUGUUUUUACCUAUUUCCUACUUUUGUACGGGUCACCAGGGUGGACAGGGCAGGCCUCCCAAGGCGAGCGGACCAGGUGGGGUGACAAAGCGAGGCAUGGCCGGAGGCGACUGUCUGUCUGGGGAUGAGGGCGGUGAUGUCAGGCGGAGGAGAACAGCCUCUGCAGUGACAGCCAGAUUUCUGUGACGAGGGACAGAAGGGGCUGGCAGGCCAACAAGGCCAUAUCUCGGUAAGGGGCAGGCGGGACAGCUGGUCGCCUCUUCUGUAGCCGCAGGGAGUGGUGUGAUCUGCUGUCUCUGUGGCACGGAACAGGUCUGGGGGCCCUGGGAGAGGCCUGGAGAAAGAGAGGACGUGGCCCUCAGGCCCUCCCCCCUCUGCUGGCAGCAUUGCGGAGGGGAUGGGUCGCUGCCCUCCCCUGCCCCGUGUCUGGCCCCGUGUCUGCCCCCGGCUGGGGCGCGCCUGCCUGCGCUGUGCUUGCGAUGUGUACCAAUAAACCACCAC